AGUAGCCUUAUUCCAACGACCAAACCCUCCAAUGUAUCAAAAUCACAGAGGAGGCGGAGUUGACCAAUGAAGGGUAUAAAUGGAAUGUGUCUUCCGAAAUUCUUUCUCUUUGUGCUUCUCUUUUUUUAACCAUGAAUUCAGUAAUUCUCCACUUCAGUGCACAUUCAGCAACGGUCAGCAUUAGACUGUUGGACCUAACGGUGGACAACGUGGCCAGGAUAUUCCAGCUUGUCCCUGACACUAUUUAUUUAAAAGACCGGGAGAAUGGAACUUUAGUCCUCCCAUAUAAUGGGAUUUUUACCAACACGGUGGGAGCGGAGUAUGAUGUGGAGGGAAGGCCCUCCACCGAAGCGGGGCCACAGUUCCGCUUCCCCCCUGGCCGUCUCCCUGCUGCUGGCCCUGCACCGGGACCAAGACCCCCACGCCCCUCCCCAUCACCGGCCACCUACACGAGGAAUGUUGUGGUGGCCACAUUAGUGGACGGGGCGUGGGAGGAGGCGAGCCUCACUGUCCGCUUCAGUGCGGACCAGGCGACGGUGCAGGGCAUCCAGGACCUGGUCAGGGCGGCGCUGGAUGCAAGGAGCGUCGUCCUGGCCGACGGCCAGGGGAGAAGGCUUAUCCCCUCCGCCGGCACUGAAGGGUUGGAGUAUUGGCGGAGGGGCUCAAGGAAGGUGGUGGCCUACAGGGGGGAGGACUUCCCUAACAAACGUUCCGGACGCCGGUCAACCACCGAGAUGGUUCGUGCUGAGGUGGCAAGGGUACAGCAGGAAAGGUAGCUCACCAGGGCGCAAGUUACGGCACUAAAGGGCACAUUCAUGUGUGUUAUUUGUAGAGGUGAGAUGGACGUGCCCGUUUUGGGCCUGUGCUGCCGCUCCCUGGUGGGGUGCCGGGCCUGCGCGGCACAGUGGCAGCACAGGCAGGGGGGGGCAACUGCCCAAGAUGCAGAG